GCGAGGAGUCGGGCGCCUGCAGCAGCGGGGGCUGGGCGUGGUUGCUAGGCGACCGCGCCCGGGCAGCGGCGUCGGCCCGGCAGAGAUGAGGCGGAGGCAGCGGCCUCCGCGCUCCCGCCGGCGCUGAGCCCCACUCCCGCACCUUCCCCCGUCUUCCCCAUCCCGUCCCGCCCGGGCUUUGCCGCCCCCUCCCUCCAACCCUCUUCCCUCUCCCCUCGCUCCAGUCCGUCCUUCCCCCUCCAUGCGGCGGGAUCGGUCGGCGUGGGGCCCGUGCCGCGGCCGCGCCGAGCCCCGCCGUCCCUCGCUUUUCCGCCGCCAGAUUCCGCAAGGAGCCACGGGCGGCGUCUGCAGCGACAACAGCGGGAACUUCAUGUUGGUGUUGUUUAUGCCAGAACAUAAUAAGCAAGGCAAAUUAGCUCCAGUCUUGUGUAAACUUCAUGUAACUAGCAAACACAAUGCAAUUGAGUAUGAAAUUCAGGUGACUUUGGAAAUGAAGGAAAAGUUCUGAGCUCUCUGACUGGAAGCUGAACGUGAUGACGGCCUGGUCUAUGGUAGGGAAACUGAAAAUGGAGAAGAGGCACUCCAGAGAAGACAGAAAUGUGGAACAAGAUGCUGGGGAAUGCAGUGCUGAAUCUGAGGAAUGGACGAGCUCAGAAAGUGAACCUGAGCAACCGUACUUCCGAAGCAGCUGUAGCAGUAUUCCAUGGAGAGAAAAAGAGGUUUCCACUAAACCACAUCGGCCACUCUGUCGCUCCCCGUGCUUGGAUCGCCCAAGUUUUUCACAGAGCAGUAUCACACAAGACUUGAAACAAGAGGAAUGCAAAACAAACUUGGACAAGGAAUACCAAGCUAAAAUGGAUUUUGCUUUAAAGCUUGGGUAUGCAGGAGAUCAGAUCCAGGCUGUACUGAAUAAACUGGGAGCAGAUGCGCUCAUCAAUGAUGUUCUGGCAGAACUUGUGAGACUCGGUAACAAAAGUGAAUCAGAGGGACAGAACAGCAGUACCACUAAUACUCUGGUGCCAAGAGGUCCUUGCCCAAAGGAAAUAGCAAGCCCUGAAUUGUCACUUGAAGAUGAAGUUGUGGAUAACAGUGAUAACUUGAGGCCAAUUGUCAUUGAUGGAAGCAAUGUGGCUAUGAGCCAUGGAAAUAAAGAAGGAUUUUCCUGUCGGGGAAUUCAACUAGCUGUUGAUUGGUUUCUGGAAAAAGGACAUAAAGAUAUCACUGUGUUUGUACCUGCAUGGAGAAAAGAACAGUCUAGACCAGAUGCACCGAUUACAGAUCAAGAAAUCUUACGGAAAUUGGAGAAAGAAAAAAUUCUGGUUUUCACCCCAUCUCGAAGAGUUCAGGGAAGAAGAGUAGUUUGCUACGAUGAUCGAUUCAUAGUAAAGCUUGCUUUUGACUCAGAUGGCAUAAUUGUAUCAAAUGACAACUAUAGAGAUCUUCAAAAUGAAAAACCAGAAUGGAAGAAGUUCAUAGAGGAGCGGCUAUUAAUGUAUUCUUUUGUGAAUGAUAAAUUUAUGCCUCCUGAUGAUCCUCUAGGACGCCAUGGUCCAAGCCUCGAAAAUUUCUUAAGGAAAAGGCCAGUUAUUCCCGAACAUAAAAAACAACCGUGUCCUUAUGGUAAAAAGUGCACCUAUGGGCACAAAUGUAAAUAUUACCACCCAGAACGGGCAAACCAGCCUCAAAGGUCAGUAGCGGAUGAGCUUCGAAUAAGUGCCAAAUUAUCUGCUGUGAAAACAAUGAGUGAGGGAGCCUUGGCUAAAUGUGGCACAGGGCCCUCCAGCUCCAAAGGAGAGAUCAGUUCUGAAGUGAAACGCAUUGCCCCAAAGCGUCAGUCAGAUCCAAGCAUUAGAUCAGUAGCUGUGGAGCCUGAGGAAAAGUUGACAGUAGCCCGGAAGUCCGAGGCCAACUCUGUCCCAUCUCUGGUUUCUGCAUUAAGUGUACCAACGCUCCCUCCACCAAAAAGCCAUGCAGCUGGUGCAUUAAAUACUCGUUCUGCAAGCAGUCCAGUGCCAGGUUCCUCACAGUUCACGCAUCAGAAAUCCUCACUGGAACACAUGUCCAGUGUGCAAUAUCCUCCAAUAUUAGUCACCAAUAGCCAUGGCACCUCAGUUAGUUACACUGACCAGUAUCCCAAAUAUGAAUCAUUAGGGGACCAUGGCUAUUAUUCCUUACUCAGUGAUUUCUCCAACUUGAGCAUAAGUAGUAUGCAUAAUACAGAUUAUUAUGGGGCUGAUAUGGACCAGGGGAUGUAUUCUAGAAACUCAAGCCCCUGUCCUGACAAUUGCUUAAGCCAUACAAGUAAUGAUUCUUAUUCCUCUUACAAUGACUUGUAUCUGGGUGUAGCAGAUGCCAGUCCAGAAGAUAAUGUGAAGAUCCACAGACUGACAUCGCAAAAUCGUCUUCAGCCUUUUCCCCAUGGUUACCAUGAAGCCUUAAAUAGAGUUCAGAGUUUUGGAACUGAAGAGCCUAAACAGUCCCUUCGCAAACAGUCUGUUUCCCACUUAGGCCUGCAUGCCCAGCAUCCAGUUGUUGGAGCACGGUCCAGUUGUCCAGGAGAAUACCCUGUGCCUCAAAAUAUUCAUCCAUCAACUGCACAAUCAAGCCGUGCCUUGGUCAUGACAAGAAUGGACAGUAUUUCUGACUCACGGCUUUAUGAAAGUAAUCCUACAAGGCAGAGAAGACCACCUCUGUGUCGAGAACAGCACGCUAGUUGGGAUCCGUUACCAUGUGCAACUGACUCUUAUACUUAUCAUUCAUAUCCACUGAGUAACAACCUUAUGCAGCCAUGUUAUGAACCUGUAAUGGUAAGAAGCAUGCCUGAGAAGAUGGAGCAACUGUGGAGGAAUCCAUGGAUUGGGAUAUGUGGUGAGCCACGGGAACCACAUAUUAUCCCAGAACAUCAGUAUCAAACAUACAAGAAUCUCUGCAAUAUCUUCCCGCCAAGCAUUGUCCUUUCUGUGAUGGAAAAGAAUCCCCACGUGACAGAUGCACAGCAGCUGGCAGCUAUGAUUGUUGCCAAAUUAAGAACAGGGCGUUGAAAUAUUAUAACCUCUUUUGUAUAAAUGAAACUAUACAGCACAUAGGAACUGGUAGAAAAAUUAUAUAAAGAAGGAAGUAGGCAAAUCUAUUGUAAAUAUUUUCUAAUAAGGUAGGAUAAACUUCUGUACACAGUAGUUGUUGUAUAUGUAUUGAGGCACUAUUUAAGAGUUGAUUGUAUUGUAAAUUUUAAGAUUUUAAAAAUAGAGAUUUUUAAUAGUAUUUUACAGGAAAUGCAUACCUUGCUGCAUGGAUAGUUCAUGAAGAACUACAAUGUCACAUUCAGUGUCUCAAAGCUUUUAAUACAAAAUUAUUAUUAGCAGUUAUAUUGCAUGUAUUAAUGUACACUUUCAAUUUGAUUAUAAAUACCUAACUGGCCUGUCAAAGCAUGCUGUAUACAAUCCCAGAUGACUUCUAGGGUUUCAGCUUUGCCACUUGACACUGCCUAUUGGUACCUCAAAUAUUGAAGAAAAAUAACUUGACAAAAAUUAUUCAAUUUGCAAAAUGUUGAAUCUCUUUCAGCUUUUGGAUGUUAAUAUUGUUGGUAUUUCUUAAAUUUCAAAACUGUUCCCCAUGAGUUUAUUGCUGUUAUUUCAAUCCAACAGAAGCCAAAUACUUCAUUAAAUUAGGACCAAAACAUUAAGGAAUACGAAGGCGUGCUAAAACUAAAAUAUGUUUUAACUGUAGCUUCCCUCUUCAGAAUUGCCUGUCAGCUGUGCAGUAAGCAGCUGCUGCUCCAGGUGAUUAGAGAAGAUGAAAGAAAAUUGUCAGUCGUGUAUAAAUUGGAUUACUCAGACUCAAAUAGCAGGAACUGAAAGUUAAUGCAGAAACUCAUCAGUAACUACAGCCUUUACGUGGGCAAGGAUGGCAUUUAACAUGCAAAAUGGCCAUAGAAGAUCAAUCUAUGAAAGGAGUGGGAGUGGCUGUUUCGUGAAAAGAGAUGCUACAGUUCAGGUUUGUGGCUAAGCUUGCUUGGUUUUGCUCUUCAGAUCCACGCAGAGGUGUGCAUUUGCCUCAUGAACGUUUCUAAAAUUUCUGUUUCAACAAGUGAGAUGAUUUUGUGUGGCAUUGUUUGCUCAACUGGUAUUUUGCUCAGGGUGGGAACCUUUGUAGCUAAAUGUCUCCAAAAGAGGCGUUUCUUGUUUUUUAAGCUGCACUGACUGAACGCCCUUUUUUGACUCCAUUGUAUAUUUCAACAUUUUGAACCAUUACUAACUCGAUAGUCUCGAGCUAGGACUUAAUGACUUCUACUGUAGUUUUUUUCAUGAAAGCUGAGAAGGCCUAGUUUAUGGCCUUUUGUUUCUUCAUGAGAAGGUGUGACACUGCCUAAAUGUUUCUUACUGUGAAACACACGGAACGUGAGGCUGCAGUCAGGGUUGUUUCUGGUGUUUUGAUAACGGCUUGCAUGCUGCUUUCUCACUCUCUGUUUGUCUAAGGAACAAAACAACAUCAUUUCCACAUUUGCUUUACUGUGUAAAUGAUUGGUUUGAUUCACAAUAUUGUUCAGGCUUUUUAUCAUGGGCAAAAUGUAUUCCUACAGGUCAAAAGCAAGAAAACCAUUAUAGGUGCAAUGACAAUUAAUGUACUGAUAAUCAAUAACCAUAUCAUUUCACACAUGACAAAUAUUCUUCUGUUGGUACAGGAAACAUAAUAUAAUGACCAUGCCAUUACAUAUUUGAGUUAACUUGAAGGUGAUUUGUGUUUACACUCAGUAUUUAAAAACAGCUAUGUUUUAAUUAGUUGGCUAUUGUCACUGUUUAUAGUAAAUCUUUGGAUACCUAGAGUAGCUGGAGGAAACAGAUUUAAACUUGACCAAUAUCCAGAAACAUUUCUUACUAACCAACAUUUUAGAUUUUUAAUUUGCAAUUAAUUCUUAUUCUCUUCUCUUGCAUGGUAUCAAGCAGCUGAGAGCAAUGCCUCAAAUAACCAGAAAUGACCUUUUGUUUGUUGAUACAAAUUGUAUCUCUUUUUCUUGAUUGUAUAAAAACUGUUUAAAAAAACAAAAAAAAAAAACACAAAAAACCUAACAACCCAUAAACCUCUAGAUUAACUUCAGUAUUACAUGUUCACCACAAUGUUUGUGACACCAUGUGUCACACGGAAGUAGCCCAUGAGUAAUUAUGAUUUUGUUAUUUAAAAUGGGCACUUAUAGUUUAUAGAUGAGCAAGUCAACUUGUCAGAACUGGUUUAUUAUGUGCACAGAUACUGUGUGUACACCUCAAAUACAUGGUUAUCUUUAGUCUAUUGAGCAGAUUCAUCCUCGCACUAACCCUAAUGUACAAGUGUUGCUGUUAACUCAUCUGCAAGUGUUUAAGAAGUAACUAUAAUUACUGUAGACCCUGCUUUAUUCUAAACACAUUAAUUUAUAAUUUAUUUAGGCUUAAAAUGAAGUUUAUUUUGCACUCACAUUUUCCAUCUUGCAUGGAAUCGAAUAUUUGUAUGUAAAAACGUUUGUUUUUCUCCCAUUAUAAAGGUAAGCUAUCUUAAGAGGGCUUGGUGGGUGUUUUUGAUAUUUUAAUGUGUGGAAGCCUGAGCAGAAGUUACUGUACGAAGCUGUGCGUGAUUUAUGGAGAUAGUCAUUUUUGUAGGACUUGUCUAGUUGUUUUCAUGUUCACAAACUAUUGUCUUACUGAUAAAAAAGGAAUUAUUCUAAAUGGAAAAGCUAUGGUACUGCAAACACAGCAUACCAUUUCUGUAAGGCACUUUGAAAGAGAAUUGUCUUUUUGUAAAAAGCUAUUGCAUCCAUCCUAUGUGGAGUUACUGAAUGGGCAGUGUAGCCUUGUGGAAAUAAUUUGCAAAUGUUGUGCUUGUUUAGUCCACCUUAGAGGAAAUGAAACUUUUAUACGUGAUGUAGUCUUUCCUAAUCCAUAGUUAAGUGACAAUUCAGAUAUCUGCAUCUGUUCUCAGAUACGUUUACAAGCCAAUUCAAAACACUGACACAUGAAUUAAUCUUCAGCGCAAAAGCUUAGAUUUCUUCUUACAUGGAAGAGUUGAUCUUAUUAACACAUGAUCAUAGCUGUCUAUAUUGUAAAUAUAAAACUUUGUAUAAAUGCUCUUUCUGAGAGCAUGGUAUUUAGAUGUUUUUAAAACUGUAAGUAAGCAGUUCUAGAAACUAUAUUUUAAUAAAAUCCAAAAGAUUCUAGCUGAGGAACUGCAAAAAGAAAAAAGUGCUAAGAUGGAAUCUUGCAAGAAAACAGUGUACAUUAGCAGAGCCAGUGCUUACUCUAGGCAUUCUGAAUUACUGAUCUUUAGUCUUCAGCUGUAUUACUUUCACAUAAUUUAUCACUUAAGAGUGCAUAAUAUUAAAUUCUUGAUUCAAAACUCAAAUGCUUUAUUGGAAGUCAGCCUAAUUUUAUGUGUUUUUGUAAGAAUUACAUGUUAGUAAUAUAUUAAGUUGCACAUAUAGAAGAUUUGACUACUGUUAGUCCUGUUGUUGUCUUAUUGAGCUACAGUAGUGGGCUUUAUUCAUUUGUAGAAUUAAACAUUACUGUUUAAUUGUUGUAAAAUUUUAUAAAUCUCUUUGGGUUGUUUUGGUUGACCCAAAUAUAAUGUAAGUCUCAAUGACAAAAUGAGUGAAAAAUGGAUGUUAAGCCAAUAUGUGGUAUUUAUAAAACACUGUAGUAAGUGUGCAAAUGCUCUAGAUGCAGCUGCAUGGAUAUCAUUCACUAGCAUGAAUCUGUUUAGCUUUUUGUAAAAGUCUUUUAAAUUUAAACUCUUAAAAAUAGAAAGUGGGCAUAUGGUUACAGAAGAAUCCUCAUUAAAGAAAUAACAAAAAACAAAGUAUCUCUUUAGGUAGGUUCUCCAUAUACACUUUAAUGCCAGUUUGCCUCAAACUCUGUUUUUUGGCAUUCUGGAAUUCUUACUGAUAAAGCCAGAACACGCAAAGAAUAAAUGUGAGCUGAUAAGCCUGUUUAAAACUUGGUUGGUUGGUGGUGUGCAUGCAUACCUGUGACAUCCACCACUUCAGGGAACACAUUGUGACUGCAGUCAUUCUAAAAAUUCCAUGCUAAAAAAGAAGGUAUGAGCUUCAUUUCUGUACCCAUUUGCCCCACAGAAAUACUGCUUUUUCUUGACUUGCCAAAAGUUAACACGAAACGUUCGUAACACAGGACUCCUAUUAGCCAGAUCAUGAGAUCUGUCAUUAUCAUCACUACGGUUCAGCAUUCAGCAUCAAUGCCCCUUUUAUGCACCCCCAUAGCAGGCUGUGUGACAGAGCCAUAAUAAUGGUGUUCCUUGCAAUACUUAAACAGGAAAAAACACAAGUUUGCUGUUACUUAAAUUAUUCUCAUACCAGUGUUUGCUUAGCCUUUGAAGAUCCAUUAUGCAGUCUCUAUGAUUUUGAUCUUCGGUAUUUUGCAGUUUGUAAACAUACUAAAAUUGAGAAGAAUCUAAAAUUAAUAUAGUCUAUUACCUGUAGCCUCCCUGCUCUGUGUAGGUUUUGCACAGCUACUGAAUACACAUGAAAUGUAUACUUUAUAUUUACCUAUAUAAAACCUGCUUAUUUAAUAAAACUGAGAGCCACUGGA